AUGAGCAAUCUUCAAACUGUGUUGAAGAACCUGGAGCCAUGGUGUGAACUAAAAGACAAAGUGGUUCUUGUGACAGGAGCUUCCUCUGGCAUAGGAAGAGAGAUUUGUCUUGACCUAGCUAAAGCUGGCUGCAAGAUUAUUGCAGCAGCUCGUCGUGUUGAUCUUCUUAAAUCUCUCUGCUCUGAAAUCAACACAACCCGAGUCCAAGCCACUGCCCUUGAGCUAGACGUUUCAUCAGACGCAGCCACGGUUCAAAAGGCGGUUAAAGAAGCUUGGGAAGUCUUUGGAAAGAUUGAUGCGUUGGUCAACAAUGCAGGAUUCCGAGGCAGUGUCAUGUCUAGUUUGGAUCUGACAGAAAACGAAUGGGACAAAGUCUUUAAAACCAACUUAACAGGAGCUUGGUUAGUAUCCAAAUACGUCUGUUCUUUAAUGUGUGACGCUAAAAGCGGUGGUGGCUCGGUGAUAAACAUUUCAUCCAUCUCGGGGCUCCAUCGCAGUUUAUUUUAUGGUGCAGUCGCGUAUGCUUGUUCCAAAAGCGGUGUUGACACCAUGACAAGAGCGAUGGCUAUUGAGUUAGGUGCUUACAAUAUUAGAGUGAACUCGAUCGCACCAGGGCUUUUUAAGUCAGAGAUCACACAAGCUCUUGUCGAGAAAAAGUGGCUCAAGAAUGUGACCGACCGGAUUAUCCCGUUAACUGCGGAACAGACCGUGGAUCCGGGGCUCACCUCUCUGGUUCGCUAUCUAAUUCACGGCUCUUCUCAAUAUGUCUCUGGCAAUAUAUUCAUCGUUGACUCCGGAACUACAUUGCCCGGACUACCUAUUUUUUCUUCCCUAUGA